UUCGUGCCACCCCGAAAGAUCGACAGCGCACUAUGCUGCACGCAUUUUGAGUGAGCCGACCUGGCAUCGAGCAACGGUAACUCGAGCCAGGCAGUCAGAAGCAUGAUCGGCUGUUUGAUCAUUCGUCCAUCCAUGUAGCUUGAUUAAUCUGUCUUACUUCAUUGAUUGGGGCCACUCUACUUAUUUAUUGACGACUAGACAGAGGAGUGGGACACCCUCUUUCCUCUAUCAUUAUUCCAUUGAUUGCAGACUCACCACUCUGAUAAGUGAUUGUCCGAGGAGGAAGGAAAGGGAAUGGAGUCAGCCGGGGAAGGGAGGAGGGAUUACUGUUUCAGGGAUGUGCUACCAUUCUCAUUAAUGGUGUCCGGGGAGUGUGUCUAUAUGGGGCUCAACACCCUGUUCAAGGCGGCAACUCGACGCGGCAUGAGCCACUAUGUCUUCACCAUCUACAUCUACGCCAUCGGCGCCGCCGCCCUCCUCCCCGCUGCCUUCAUCUCCCACAGCAGGUCAACGGUGCUGCCUCCGCCCACCCUCAGGAUCAUGUCCCAAAUCGGCCUUCUUGGGCUCAUCGGGAGCUCAUCACAGAUAAUGGGAUACACAGGGAUCGGCCUCAGCUCUCCAACGCUUGCUUCCGCCAUCAGCAACCUCAUGCCUGCUCUCACCUUCAUCCUUGCCGUCCUCUUCAGAAUGGAGAAGGUGUCCUUGAAGAGUAGAAGCAGUCAAGCGAAGAUUAUUGGCACAGUACUGUCUAUGUUGGGUGCAUUCAUGGUCACUCUAUACCAGGGCAUGCCGAUCAUUUUCGGUUCGAAGCCAUCCUUUUUGCGCAGGCAGUCUCUGCACUUGCCACAGUCGAAUUGGACCCUCGGAGGGAUCCUCCUUAUUGGCGAAUAUAUACUAGUCACGCUCUGGUACUUCAUUCAGGCACAGAUAAUGAAGGAUUACCCAGCGGAGCUUAUUGUGGUCUUUCUCUACAACUUGUGCGCCACCUUGAUUGCCGCUGUUGUCGGUCUCAUUGCAGAACCAAAUCCAAAUGCUUGGAGAGUGAGGGGUGUAGGAUUGGCUUCCGUGCUUUGCUCAGGACUGUUUGUUUGCUGCUUGAACCUCUCUAUUCAUACUUGGGCUCUGCGUUUGAAAGGUCCAUUCUAUGUUGCAAUGUUUAAGCCGUUAUCGAUUGCCAUUGCCGUUGCUAUGGGUGUCGUGUUCCUUGGCGACACUCUCCACCUGGGAAGCCUUGUCGGAUCAAUGAUAAUUUGUGUCGGGUUCUACACCGUGAUUUGGGGAAAGGUGCAAGAAGAGAUGGUAGAGGAAUUUGCAGCCAGCCGAACAGGAUCCCAGCCCGACCACCAAGUGCCUCUUCUGCAGAACUAUAAGGCGGAUGAGGUUUAGCUGUCGGUCCGAAGGAACCAAACUAUCAACACGCCCGAAGAACUAGGGCUGAUUUAUUAUUAUUAUUUUUUUGGUGGAUAUAUGCUAUAGCUAGUGAAGAGCUCUAGUCCGAAGGAUCAGAGUCCAAAUGACCCUGUUGAGGCACUCACUUUAGACACAGGCUGUCUUCCUGCCCUGUGACCGUAAGACCCGAGCAGUCAUUAGGCUAAGCAUUGUGCUCAUACUCAGGCUCAAUCUUGUAAAAAAGCAUUGUGCUGCUCUCAGGACGUGGCUCCUCCCUCGACUCUUCUCGAGGAACACAGAAGAUGGGCUUGUAAUCAUAUGAAUAGUGGGCAUGAUCUAUAUAUCUACGGAGGGCCAUGUCAGAUGACCUCAUAAUAGAUAUAUGUUAAUUAUAUUGAUAUAAUUAACAUUC